CUCUGCUCCCUCGCGACUCCUAAUUUAAUGAAAAAAGUAGAAGCCUGUAUUAAAAAUAGAUUGCUAAAUUAUGACAGUAAGUUUUACUUUUUGAAGCACCAAUCACAUUGAAUUUAAGCCUUGAAAAUAACAUAUGACAGAAAUAUAAAGUAAGAUGUGUUAAAUACACCUUUAUGGUGGAGUCCUUCUUCAGACCCUGUGCAUAUCGGGGCACUAGGCUACCCUUCUUUUUUUAGUCACGUAAGGCGAUUAGAGGAGUUGGAAAAAGGCAUUGGUCAUUAAUUUUUUUUUUUCAUCUAUAGAACAUAUAUUGUAUUGAACUAAGACGGAUUUAAAAUUUUCAAUAAAGCGAUGUAAAUAAUAAGUAUCAUAUCUUGAAAAACAUAUAAUUAAGGAGGGAAUUUUUUAAAGAUAACGUCACAUGUAGAAUAUAAACUGAAUUUGGAACUCUGGGCCUUCGCGACUAAACUAGAAUCCUUGUUGAUAUUAAAAGGAUUCAAGAAUUUAAAUAAUAUGAUAAAAAAAAUUAUUUGUAUCGUUUAUAUUAAUAUAUAUAGUAUAAUUUUUCAGAAAAAUGGAUUCAACUGAACUCUCUCGUCACGAGCUAAUUUCAUUCACCAAUAUAUAUAAUUAAUCAACCUGUACUUGAAAUUUAUUCGCAUCACUUGUUGUUGUAGUAGUACCUAUAUUGCUCAUAUUGUGAUUUUUAUGAUAUGUAUUAAUAUGAUAUGUAUAAAAGAUAUAUAUGUCUACCUUAUAUCAUUCAAAAAAACAUGGUAAUUUUCAAGUCCACAAUUUUAUUGAAGACAUAAUUUUUAUAAUUUAUUGAUUUUCUUUAGAAAACUUAUGCGACCGAACUUGUUGACUUAAUGUUAAAAAGUUCAUUUCCAAUUAUUGGUGUUACAUGAGUGGUCCACUAAUUGGGUGAGAAGGUUUUACUCAUGUUAUAGGUCAUCAAUACGAAAGAUUGACAAAGGAUGAAUAGUCAUGCUCAUGCAUUACAACUAUAAAAGGUAUGUCACUACUAACACUAGCAGUAUCAAUCCAUGGCCUAAAGCCACCUCCUUGUGCCAAUCCAACUGCAACUGACUGCAAAAAAGCAUCAACACUUCAACUAGCUGUCUUCUUUGGUGCACUCUACACCUUAGCCAUCGGCACGGGUGGCACAAAGCCCAACAUCUCGACGAUAGGCGCCGACCAAUUCGACGAAUUUCACCCUAAGGAAAAAUCACAAAAACUUUCAUUUUUCAAUUGGUGGAUGUUCAGUAUUUUCCUAGGGACACUAUUUGCUAACACUGUGCUUGUGUACAUUCAAGACAAUGUGGGCUGGUCCCUUGGAUAUGGGCUUCCAACAUUGGGCCUUGUUAUAUCUAUAAUGUUAUUUUUGGCUGGAUCAGCUUUUUAUAGACAUAAAAAGCCCAGAGGAAGCCCAUUUACAAGAAUGGCUAGAGUCAUUAUUGCUGCAUUAAGGAAAUGGAAUGUUCAAGUUCCUAGUGAUCCAAAAGAGUUGUAUGAGCUUGAUUUGGGAGAAUAUACCAAGAACGGAAAAGUUAGAAUUGACUCCACUCCCACUUUAAGGUUUUUGAAUAAAGCUUGUGUUAAAGUAGAUACAACUGAUCCAUGGAUGUUAUGUUCAGUUACUCAAGUGGAAGAGACUAAGCAAAUGCUAAGAAUGAUACCAAUCUUGGUUGCAACAUUCAUUCCAAGCACAAUGAUAGCUCAAAUCAACACACUUUUUGUCAAGCAAGGCACAACUCUUAAGAGAAACAUUGGUAAUUUCAGCAUCCCUCCAGCUAGUCUACAUGCUUUCGUUACCAUAUCGUUGUUAGUGUCCGUUGUGCUCUAUGACCGAUUCUUCAUGAAAAUCGCGAAAAGAUUGACAAAAAAUCCAAGAGGUAUAAACAUACUUCAGAGAAUGGGAAUUGGAAUGGCUUUCCAUAUUGUGAUCAUGUUAGUUGCAUCGUUCGUUGAGAGGCAUAGGCUUAGUGUAGCUAGGGAACAUGGUCUAGUUGAAAGUGGAAAACAAGUACCGUUAUCUAUAUUCAUUUUGUUACCUCAAUUCAUUCUUAUGGGAACAGCUGAUGCAUUCUUGGAAGUUGCCAAGAUUGAGUUUUUCUAUGAUCAAGCACCAGAAGGCAUGAAAAGUCUAGGAACUUCUUAUUCAAUGACUAGUCUUGGUGUUGGGAAUUUCAUUAGUAGCUUCUUGCUAUCGACAGUUUCUGAUAUUACCAAAAAGCAUGGGAAUCACAGAGGAUGGAUACUAAACAACCUGAAUGCAUCUCAUCUUGACUAUUACUACGCGUUCUUGGCGAUACUCAACUUAUUGAACUUCAUCUUUUUCCUGUUUGUUAGCAAGUUUUAUGUGUACAAAGCUGAAGUCUCUGAUUCACUGGCUGUGCUAAGGCAAGAAUUGGAGAUCGGAUCAAAACAUCGUGUAACUAAUAGCCAAGAAGUUUCAACCAACAGACACGUUAAUGGUUCUACAUAGGAUUCUAACAAACAUAUUUACUUUGCUCCAAACUUCUUUUCUGCUUUAGCUAGGUAGUGUACUAUACUGGCUAUGGCUCAGAUCCUCCAAAAAUGCUGCUGCACCAGUGUCAAAUCCUCCGAAAAUGCAGCCUCACCCUUUUUGGGAAUCAAAUCAAUCCCACAUCGGAGAAAAGAGGAUACAUGUCCAAUAUUUAGGAGUCUCACCCAACUCCUAGUAUGAGGCUUUUUGGAAAGGUGUCCAAAAACAAAUCCGUGAGUGCUUGGCUCAAAGUGGACAACAUCAUAGUAGUGUGGAGUUUGGAUGAAAUUACACGCGGUCCCAACAAGUGUUAUCAGAGCCUAGUGCGGAGUUUGGAUGAAGUUACAAGUGGUAUCGGAGCCCGGGUUCGGGUGUAUCGGAGUAGUGGACUGUGUGUGUUUGGUGAGAAGUAGUCCCCGGUGUGACAACAAGAUCGGAGAUCUGCAGGUGGUAGCGGCAGUACAAGAUUUUUGGCAGAUCAUGUGAAGUGACCCAGUAGCUGAGAUCCUGGUGAGUGGUGGGGCGAAUGGUCAGGCGGCAUACUAGUGCGGAGUUUGGAUGAAAUUACACGCGAUGCCAACAAGUGUUAUUAGAGCCUAGUGCGGAGUUUGGAUGAAGUUACAAGUGGUAUCGGAGCCCGGGUUCGGGUGUGUCGGAGUAGUGGACUGUGUGUGUUUGGUGAGAAGUAGUCCCCGGUGUGACAACAAGAUCGGAGAUCUGCAGGUGCUCGCGGUACAAGAUGUUUUACAAGUGGUAUCGGAGCCCGGGUUCGGGUGUGUCGGAGUAGUGGACUGUGUGUGUUUGGUGAGAAGUAGUCCCCGGUGUGACAACAAAAUCGGAGAUCUGCAGGUGGUCGCGGUACAAGAUGUUUGACAAAUCAUGUGAAGUGACCCAGUAGCUGAGAUCCUGGUGAGUGGUGGGGCGAAUGGUCAGGCGGCAUGUCGACCCAGUAGAUGAGAUUCCCACUGGUUGGUAGUGGUGGUAUAGAUUACCUCUGAAGGGGAGGCGAAGCAAAUCAAUCCCACUUGGGAGAUAUAGAGAAUACAUGUUCAAUAUUCAAGAAGUCUCACCCAACUCCACUAAUAUUUAAUAACACGUGGUCCCAACAACCCUGUCGUGUCCGCCAAAUAUUAUGCAUUUUUGGAGGAUCCAACACUGUUGUAUCAACAUUUUUUGAGAAUCCGAGUAACACAGCUAUAUAGGACAGUAGUUUUGUUCACCUCCUAUCUCUUUGUUAUGAUUUUCACAUCGAUUGUAAUGAUAAUCAGUUAAAUAUAGUUGUUUCGAGAUAUGAAAAGAUCAUGUGUAUUUAUUGAUCAGCAAUUUCAAUUCUAUAGCUGAUAAUAGUUCAUAAUCUGAGUUUACUCAAUAUGGCCUCCUCUUUGCUAAUUGGAAUGUCUUCUUCAAGAAUUGAUUAGCAGCUUUGUCAUUUCUAU